UUUGUCACUAUCAACAUGGCUAGGUUAAUGAAAAGCCUAAAAUUUGUUUUAGGAUGUUUAAGUUUAGUUUUAUACAUUGUAUGUGCAAUAGAUUCAGAGCAAAUCCGGGAAAUGUGCUAUAACCAGGGAAACAAGACAGUCCGCCCUUGGAAAGUGAAGAAUCUAACAGGCCCGUGUGUACCUUGGGAAAAUAAAACAUGCUGCACUAAAGAAUCAGCUGCUGAUAUUUUGAAAUUUAAUUUUGAUCAUUGUGGGCAAAAGAUGUCGGAAAAAUGCAAAAGUCAUUUUCUAAGAAGGUCCUGCUUCGAAAGUUGCUCCCCCAAUCUGGGACCGUGGGUCAAAAACAUAGAUAAUUUAUCAAGAAAAGCAAAGUUCCAUUUUCUCCCCCUAUGUAGGAGGGAAUGUGAAACAUGGUGGGAGGAUUGUAAAAACGAAUUAACCUGCGCAGAGGACUGGAAUCUUGAUUUUAAAUGGAUAGACGGGACCAACGUUUGCCACAAGAGAACAAGGUGCAUCCCGUUUACACAGGUAUACAAGGACUCUACGUACUUCUGUGAACACAUUUACGGACCAUUCGACUUUCUGGUUGUCAAUGACAACGAUCAUUGUAUGACAUUAUUCGACGAAAUGCGAAAUAACCAUUUUGAAGCUUGGUUUUUCGCCGACCAGAUUGAAGCUAGUGGAAAAAGAACGUUAUACCAUUAUCCAUUCGAAUUAACAAAUAACCGGACGAUAUCAAGUAUAUUUGAGGAAAGUACUCAAACCACUACCGGAUCUCCGGAGGCUAAAUACAUGAUACUCUUUUUCUUUCUGGGUGGGCUGUUAGGAGUCGUCGUUAUUGCGGCCGGAUGCUUUAUUAUAGUGAGAUGUAAACCACGAAUAAAACGCUCGUUUUCAAGACUUGAGCUGUUUUCAGCUAUUGCGGACGAGGAACCGGGCGAAUCUGAACUAACUUAAUAGGGAAUCAAAGUUUCAUUUUAUAUAAUUCAUCUUUAAGCAAAUAAAGAUAGUUAUGUGUUGAUUUGGAAAUUUUUUGAAGGGAGCUAUUAACGAGAGCUCUGUAUGACUUAUCGUCGUAAAGGGCCGUCGUGUUUACUUAUGAUAUAACUUGACAUUUCAAUUUCAUUUUAUGGGGACAUUUCACAAUAUACCUGAUAUUCAUAAAGCCCCGUUACAAUUCCAAUUAAUUAUGAAGUCAGUUCUCAAAAUAUCUUACACACUUUUUUAUAUCUUAAUCAGUGUUUAUUUAAUAUCUUCACUCCGCCUAGUCUCAAUACAUCUGUAGCGGCCAAAAUCUAUAUAUGGUAUCGAUAAAUUCCCUUUGCAAAUCCAAAACCGUAUUAUACCGUAAAUUGCUAUCGAUAGAGACAUUAAAUAAAAAUAUAUUAAUCUUGUAUAACUGUUGUUUAUUCAUGUUUCGUAACGUAAAAUUUUCUGAUUGUAGUGACUUUCAAUUUCGUUUUUCUUUAUUGGAAAUAAAUUUUGAGAAUUUUAAUGA